UCUAAUAUUCCACUGAUGCCUUUUUUUCUCGACCUCGUCAACCAAAUAAAACGCAUCUCGUUUGAUUUUUCGGGUUCGCAGAUUACAUCGUCGCAACUGUACAGCAAUUUCAGCAAUCAUCCGUCGUACUACUUCAUUACCUCUCCCGCACUCGCGUUACAUCUCUAGACCAUGUGUGUCGAAGUUUGGAACACCUUCCAGAGGUGCAACCACCGUGUCUACCAGAACACGUUCCCCUGCAGCAUCGUCAGACAAUGCGCACCCGAUGAUGACCUUUCCCUAAAGCGAACGAAGUUUCUCCCGGACAAGACCCUCCAACUACCUCCCGGACCGCCGGAGUGCAAGACGAAGAUGGCCACGAGACCCCUUAGCACAAAGUGCCCGGUGUGUGCAAGAGAGGAGAGAAUGGCAAAAGCGGCAGCGGCGACCACCAACUCUACCAACACCACCACUACUACCACUUCUACCACCGCUACUUCUACCACGUCUACCCCUCCUGUGGAGCCGAAGUCAUCUGCGCCUUCAGGUAAGAGGGUUUGGUGGCGGAUGGGCAGUCGAUCGAGCUCCUACUCACACAAAAACACAGGCCAACCCGCUACCAGCCCAUCCCCAGGCGGAGAAGGAAUCGAGCGCGUACGCGAUUCCUUAGCCAUGCUGGAUCAAUUUCGAAAAACGUCCCUCUAAGGUACUCUCUUCUCAGGACUGGAAACUUUAGGGAUAUCUGCUAGAAGUCCUGACAUCUGGGAUAUCGCAUGGAGAUUUGUAAAGGACACUGGCCAGAUAAGGGAAAGGAUGGCGUUUGAUCUUUAGGGAUGGAUAUCCGGCGGGAAAGGGAUGGAAUUUCCAAUUCUCGAAGAUAGCUUAGCUUUUCCUAUACAAAGCUUACUCAUGACUGAAUGAAAACAUCAGUACAGAUCUGUGAUUCAAAAAAGUCUUCGGUGUGUAACUGAAAUUU